CGAACGCGCCGGGCGCGAACGCACGGAGCGGCAACACGCGCGGCAUAUCCCGUCAUCGCUUCGUCUCGCUCAGUGUAGCUCGGACGUCGCUUGGCGUCGCCGCGUCGCUCGCAUAGCUGUCAACUGUACAAUUGGACAAUGUCCAGCCGGCCGUAUCGGGAGAAGUUGAUCAACGAGGUGAAGAAGUGCCCCGUGCUGUACGACACCCGGGACGAGAACCACCGGGACAUCAACGCCAGGGACCGCUGCUGGCAGGAGAUCUCCACCAAACUCGGGGUACACUGCGAAAUCCUCAAGCGGGAAUGGAAGAUCCUCCGGGAUUCGAUGCGACAGGCAUUGAAAAGGUCACGAAACACAAACGCGGCCACGUCGGCGAGGGCGCUGGGGAAAAAGUGGCGGUUCCAAAGUCAGAUGGCCUUCCUUCUGCCCUACAUGACCAGGAGAAAUCAAAGACAAUUGCAAGACGUUAAAAUGGAUGAGUCUGCCGAGCCGGAGCAAUCGGAACAGGAACAGGAGGCGGACGCGUGGGACCACGAGAACGUGGGUGAUGAUGAUUCGAUGGACCUGUUCUUCGCCAGUAUCUGCCAGAGCGCCAAGCGGCUGCCUCGCCAUCUACAGAACCAGGUCAAGAGGCAAGUUAUGGACGUGGUCCUCAGAAUAGAAGACGAAUACAACGCGGAGGAUUCCAAAGCCGAGUUGAACAAAAAUUAUACUCAGGCGUCGAUGUAGUACUUAAUAAGAAUUAUUUAUCUGUACUAAUAUCAUAAAGCUGAAGAGUUUGUUUGUUUGUUUGAACGCGCUAAUUUCAGGAACUACUGGUUCGAUAUAAAAAAUAUUUUUGUGUUGAAAAAUAACUAUUCCACGCUGACAAAGUCGCGGGUACAGCUAGUAUAAUAUAUUAAGUACAUAGAAACGUGGUUUUUAAUUAGGUUAUAAAAUUUUAAUUCAUGACAAUCACGUCUUUUUGUCCCUUACGAGGACUGAAAGACCAAGUUCAGCUACAUAGCUCAAUGAAAGGAUUUAGAUUGAAAUAGUUCACCAGCUCCUCGCCUAUAUGAAGAGUCUCAACUGAACCUUUUUUAUGAAUGAUUGAAAUAAAUCAAAUGUUUUCGGUA